AAAAUGUCGUUCUUCGAAUCUAUCCUUUGUCGUGUUGGUGCACCAAAUGAAUAGCAAUCAAUGUGAAAACUUUGAAUAGCCUUAACUAAAGUCUAUUUUAGUGUCGUUGAAAACUCAAUAUGGGUAUUCAAGGCUUGAUACCAUUUCUUGAAAAGUCUUCGAGACCAGUUAGCAUCUCACAGUUUGCCGGCUGCACUGUAGCAAUUGAUGCUUAUUGCUGGCUGCACAAAGGAGCUUUUAGUUGUGCUGACAAACUAGCAAGAGGAGAUAAAACUGAUGUGUAUGUCAAUUAUUGUAUGAAGUAUGUUAACAUGCUGCUGUCAUACAACAUUAAACCAAUUCUAGUUUUUGACGGACGGCACUUGCCUGCCAAAGCUGACACAGAGAAAAAAAGACGACAGAACCGAGAAGUGAACAGACGACGGGCAGCUGAACUUUUGAGGCAGGACAAGCCCAACGAGGCCCGAACAUAUCUGCAACGUUGUGUGGACGUGACACACACCAUGGCGGUGCAACUAAUGAAGGAAUGUCGUAGUCGCAAUGUUGACUGCAUCACUGCUCCAUACGAGGCUGACGCUGAACUAGCCUAUCUCAACAUCAACAACAUUGCACAUAUUGUCAUCACAGAGGACUCUGACCUACUGCUCUUCGGCUGUUCAAGGGUUAUGUUCAAACUAGAUCUGGCAGGCAAUGGUCUGCUGGUAGAACAGGAGAGACUGCACUUGUCCAUGGGUCUGACUGAGGGAGCGUUCACAAUGGACAAGUUCCGCUACAUGUGUAUACUCUCUGGCUGCGAUUACUUGGCCUCACUGCCCAAGAUAGGCCUGGCCAAGGCACUGCGAUUUAUCAAGAGCACUGUCGACCCGGACAUUCACAGGGCGCUUUCUAGGCUGGGAGGUCAUCUGAACAUGAAUAUCGUUGUGCCAGUAACUUACAGAGACAAGUUCCUAGAGGCAGACGCAAUGUUCCGACAUCAACCAGUGUUUGAUCCACUGACGCGGCGACUUGUGCCUCUAACACCCCCUCCACCUGGCGCACCCCCUCCCCCACUACUGGCAAAAGAGCCUCUCCAACCGUCUCAGCUGCAGCAGCUGGCCUAUGGUAAUCUGGACCCCUUCACGUUGCAACAAGUUGAUGAUUGGAGCCCAGAAAAAGCACAGCAGAUUCCUGGAGGACGAUCUAACGGCUGGAGUGGAAAGUCGGUGGCCCCUCAUAAGAGCAUUUGGUCCUCUGAUUUCAAACCUAAAAUCCUAGUAAUAGAGAAGCCAGACCCGUGCAAUGUCAAGCGAACGUCUACCUCGGGAAAGGUGGUUGAACAGACUGUGGAUAUUCCCCAACUACCAAAACGCCCUGCUCCGAGUCUUGAAGAAGAAAUGAGUGCUCUUCGUUCACAAUUUGGCUGUUCUCCACACCCAAGUAAAAAACCACGCUUGGACGAAGAAAAUGUGAAGGAAAUCCUUGACAUCAUUGACCAAACCCCUCCAAAAUCUGAGCAGUCCCAUGUUGAAGUGGUGAAUCCUCCUAAGCAGACACAUGGAAAUCCAUUUUCAAAAAGUACCCCAACUGCCAACAAGUUUAGUGGCUUGUCAAAAUUGGCUCAGUUCAGGAAAACCUCACCCAAUAAUACAAGUGUUGUUCAGAGCAGAUAUUUUGGACAGGCAGCUGUUUCCCAAUCAGACAACUCUCCUGAUGACAAAUCUGAGAUGAAAAACACUCUAAAAGAUCUUAGCAAUGUGAUGGAGAAGCAAACAAAACCACAAUCCCCUCACAAAUCACCUUUUGCAGCCCCGUCAAUUGAUAGACUCACUGAUAACAACAUCAACUCACUGAUAGAGGAUUAUGAUAAAGAAACUAAACCCAACAGUGGUGAAUCAAAGCCAUCAAACGGGAAGGAAAACUCAUCAAAUGAAACACCUAUUAUCAAACGUGAAACUAGCUUUAGGUGGAGGCCGUCUCUAUCAGAAAUGUUUGGCUUCAAAUCUAAAUCGUUGCCUUCUUACCCUGCUGUGAAUGGUAAAUUUGUCAAUCCGUCGUUAAACAAAUCAGUAGAUGAAAAUAAAGUUUGUGCAAAGAGUCCGUCCGAUGUAAAUAGUAACAGAAGGAAUCCUUUUGCGAAAACUGUAAAAUCAGAAGAAAGCCAUGACGGCUUGUGUUCACAAGGUAGCUCACUGAAUGAUUCGCUGUCGGACAGUCUGACUCCGGAAACAAACUCUGAGGAAUUGGUCCUCAGUCCUCCUAUAGUAAUUAAGAAACCCCAAAUGAAAGUUGGACUCAGUAAGAAAACUAAUAACUGCCAGAAGAGUUUAUUGACAAUGUUUGCUUUCAAACCAAAACCAAAAAUCCAAAGAUGAUUGAAAAUGGACCAACCGCUGCCGAGAGGGAUUUCUUAUUUCUUGUUGAUUAUAUGAUAAGUUGACUGGUAAUGUAUAGUUUUGUUUUCCUUUAUCAAUAGUGUAAAUGUGGUUUACUUUCUAUCAGUUACUAUAUUCAAAAUAUA